AUGCCUUGGCAGCAAAGCGCUGUCAUAAUCGAGGGUCAGCUGGAAAAUACCGAAAGAGCAGUAAAUUCGAUAGAGCCCGCAAAGAACAAGUAUCUGAAAGUGCUGUCCGACAAGAUCGAGCUGCAGAGCAAGAUCGAAAGCCGGCAGGCAGCCCUGGCGGAAGCGGUGGAGGCCCUUCACUGCUCCCUGGAGUACAAGAACGUGGCGUCGGGUGGCCAGAUGCAUCCGGAGUUCCGGAAGCUGGGCUCCAGGUUCUUCUACAUCGAAAGGAACGUGAGAAGGGAUUGGUUCGGCGCGGCGCAGAAGUGCCGGGAGAUGGGAGGCCAACUGGCGUUGCCCCAGGACGAGGCGGAGUUCUCCCUUAUCCACCAGCAACUCGGGAGCAACGGGCACUGGCUGGACAUCAGCGACCUGGCCGAAAAGAACAAAGAGGUGGAUUCCCGGUGUACGGGUGACAGGGUGACAGGGGAGCCGUCGGAGGAGACAUCAGAAGUGCUCAACCUCCGGCUGGAGGCCGCGCUACUGCCACCGCCGAUUAUGAGAUGA